AUGGGGAAGUCAAAGGCUCCCAAGCAGGUACAAUCAGCUGAAAAAAGUGGUCAUAAUAAAAUCUUGACAAGUGUCAAGGAUGCUGCCGUUACCAAGCCUUCACAGGCACCGAAAGCCAAGAGUAAGGAGGUUGCCAAAGAUGUUGCAUUGAAGAUUGGCAAAGACAAGAAAUCAAAGAAGGUCAAAGAACCUACACCAGAGCCUAGCGAUAGCGAAAGCGACAGCGAGAGCGAGGCUGAGAUCAGUGAUGAGGAUACGAACAUGGAGAGUGGUUCCUCUGCAAGCAGCGAUGAAGAAUCCGCAGCUCCUGUGAAGAAUGGUGGUACGGGAUCGUCGUCAGAAAGUGAGGACGAGAGUGACGAUGAGAAACCCCUCCCUCCGAAGGCUAAACCCGCGGACAAAGCUGUGCCAAAAGCGAAUGGUGUGACUAAGAAAACCACAAAGGUUGAAUCCGCCAGCUCAGACUCCUCCGAAUCAUCGCCAGGCUCCUCAGACGAUGAAGCUAAGCCAUCGACUACAGCUGGAAAGCAAGCCGCCGACAUUGGAGAGGACAGUGAUGAAAGUGAUGGCUCUGAGAGCGACACUGAUGCUAAGCCUAAAGGGGCGUUGAAUCCAAAAGUAUUGAAUGGCGCAUUGAAGAAGGUGUCUACAGAGGCUUCUUCUGAGUCUGAGGGCUCUGAUUCUGAUGCCUCCGAGGGUUCCGAUUCCGGCUCUGACGAAUCGGAUGACGAGAGCGAGGAAGAGGCUCCACCGAAGAAGCGCAAAGCUGAGGAAGUGUCAACACCGGCUGCAAAGAAGACCAAGACAGCCGACUCUGUUGAUGAUGAAGCGAAGAGGAAUCUCUUCGUGGGACAGCUGUCAUGGAAUGUGGACAACACAUGGCUUGAGCGUGAAUUCGAAAAGUUUGGUGAAAUUGAAAGUGCAAAUGUUGUGUGGGAUAAGCAACAAGAUCGCUCCAAAGGGUUCGGAUACGUCAAAUUUGUCGAUCCUGCCUCAGGAGUCAAAGCUCAAGCAGAGAUGCAUGGCGCUGAUAUCGACGGCCGUAAUAUCAACGUCGAUUUUAGCGUCCCCAAAACCAAUAACACUCCUCGACAAGAGCGCGCUGAUCGAUACGGCGAUAGACAAACAAGUGCACCAUCAAGCACUCUCUUCGUUGCGAACCUCAAUUUUGACGUGGAAGUAGAUCUUCUUCGCACUGAGUUCGGGAAGCAUGGUGCAGUUGUAGGUGCACGUCUGCCAACAGAUCGUGACUCAGGCUUGCCCAAAGGCUUUGGGUACGUUGAGUUCAGCAGCGUCGAAGAGGCGCAGAAGGGAUUCGAGGGAAUGCAAGGGGCAUCUAUCCUGAACCGACCAAUCCGCCUUGACUACUCUACCCCGAGGGAUAACAACAGCUCACCCAACAACUUCCGUGGUGGGCGAGGCGGUGGCCGUGGUGGUUUCGACCGUGGCGGCCGUGGAGGUGGCCGUGGUCGCGGCGGAUUUGAUCGUGGAGGUCGUGGUGGAGGUCGCGGUGGAGGCCGUGGUGGCUCAACCAACCGUGGAGGCUUUGGCGAUUUCCAAGGCAAGAAGAUGAGCUUCGACUAA